GGGUUUCAAACAUUGUAAACCAAGCCUCAAACCCUCAGCAGUUCACAGAUCCAACCUGAGACAAGCGGUCAGCAAGGCUCGUGACUUUAAACUGGUCUACAUUCAAGACACCAACUAACCCCAAGAUUACAUAUGGACAACAAGAGGAACUCAGAGUCCCUGAGCAGGGCUGAAACCAUGGACAAGGAGACGGAGGCUGAGGUGAUGCUCAACAAGAUUAGAGAGCUCAAAGAUCUUGUUGAGAUUAAGGACAAGCAGCUGAGGGAUGAAAGGCUGAAGGCUGACAUCAAGCUGCAAAAGAAGAUGGUGGUGUCUCACAACCUCCAGACAAGCCUGGACGAGGCCCAACAGGAGAGGGAUGAGAUGGCAGAGAGGUUGAGGAGAAAGGAGCAGGAAGACAUGAGGAGGGAGAACGACACCGACGUGCAGCUGGAGGAUUUAAAGAACCAGCUGCAGGCUGAAAGACUGAGGUCUGACACCCUGCAGAAGGAACAGGAGGAAUUUAGGAAGGAGGUAAAAGAAAAAAACAGCAGAGACCUGAAGCAGGUUCGGAAUAUGAAGAUGGAGAAAGAUUCCCUGGAUUCCAUUAUUGCAUCUCAGGACAUCAAACUGAAAAAUAAGAUGGUGUCGUCUCGCUACCUGCAGACAAGCCUGGACGAGGCCAAACAGGAGCGUGAUGAGAUGGCAGAGAGGUUGAGGAGAAAGGAGCAGGAGAUGGUAGACUUGAGAGUAGGGUCCAACACCGACGUGCAGCUGGAGGACCUGAAGAACCAGCUGCAGGCUGAAAGGCUGAGGGCUGACACCCUCCAGAAGGAAAAGGAGAACUUUAUGCAAGAACGCCUCCCUGGAGGACAAGAGAGAGCCAGCAGAGACCUGAAGCAGGUUCAGAAUCUGGAGGUGAAGGGACUUUCUCCAGAGGCGAAGGCCCUGCAGAUGAAAGAUCUCAAGAUUAAAGAGCUGGAGGAGCUAAUUGCUCGGGAACAGCAUCAGCAAAAGAAUACUGUGAUGACUCGCUACCUCCAGACAAGCCUGGAGGAGGCCAAACAGGAGAGGGAUGAGAUGGCCCAGAGGUUGAGGAGAAAGGAGCAGGAGAUGGUAGACUUGAGAGUAGGGUCCAACACCAACGAGCUGGAGGAAUUAAAGAACCAGCUGCAGGCUGAAAGACUGAAGUCUGACACCCUCCAGAAAGAACAGGAGGAUUUUAGAAAGGAGGUAAAAGAAAAAGCCAGCAGAGACCUGAAGCAGGUUCAGAAUAUGAAGAUGGAGAAAGAUUCCCUGGAUUCCAUUAUUGCAUCUCAGGACAUCAAACUGAAAAAUAAGAUGGUGUCGUCUCGCUACCUGCAGACAAGCCUGGACGAGGCCAAACAGGAGCGGGAUGAGAUGGCAGAGAGGUUGAGGAGAAAGGAGCAGGAGAUGGUAGACUUGAGAGUAGGGUCCAACACCGACGUGCAGCUGGAGGACCUAAAGAACCAGCUGCAGGCUGAAAGGCUGAGGGCUGACACCCUCCAGAAGGAAAAGGAGAACUUUAUGCAAGAACGCCCCCCUGGAGGACAAGAGAGAGCCAGCAGAGACCUGAAGCAGGUUCAGAAUCUGGAGGUGAAGGGACUUUCUCCAGAGGCGAAGGCCCUGCAGAUGAAAGAUCUCAAGAUUAAAGAGCUGGAGGAGCUAAUUGCUCGGGAACAGCAUCAGAAAAAGAAUAAUGUGAUGACUCGCUACCUCCAGACAAGCCUGGAGGAGGCCAAACAGGAGAGGGAUGAGAUGGCCCAGAGGUUGAGGAGAAAGGAGCAGGAGAUGGUAGACUUGAGAGUAGGGUCCAACACCAACGAGCUGGAGGAAUUAAAGAACCAGCUGCAGGCUGAAAGACUGAAGUCUGACACCCUCCAGAAAGAACAGGAGGAUUUUAGAAAGGAGGUAAAAGAAAAAGCCAGCAGAGACCUGAAGCAGGUUCAGAAUAUGAAGAUGGAGAAAGAUUCCCUGGAUUCCAUUAUUGCAUCUCAGGACAUCAAGCUGAAAAAUACGAUGGUGUUGUCUCGCAACCUGCAGACAAGCCUGGACGAGGCCAAACAGGAGCGGGAUGAGAUGGCCCAGAGGUUGAGGAGACAGGAUCAGGAGAUGGUAGACUUGAGAGUAGGGUCCAACACCGACGUGCAGCUGGAGGACCUAAAGAACCAGCUGCAGGCUGAAAGACUGAGGGCUGACACCCUCCAGAAGGAAAAGGAGGACUUUAAGCAAGAACGCCCCCCUGUAGGACAAGAAAAAGCCAGCAGAGACCUGAAGCAGGUUCAGAAACUGGAGGUGAAGGGACUUUCUCCAGAGGCGAAGGCCCUGCAGAUGAAAGAUAUUAAGAUUAAAGAGCUGGAGGAGCUUGUUGCUAAGGAACAGCAUCAGCAAAAUAAUAAUGUGAUGACUCGCUACCUCCAGACAAGCCUGGAGGAGGCCAAACAGGAGAGGGAUGAGAUGGCCAGGGUGAUGAGGAAGGAUCAGGAGCACUUCAGGAGGAAGACCAACACCGACGUGCAGAGAGAGAACCUGGAUCUGGACGGCAAGCUAGCCUCAAGCAGAGCAUUACAGGAGAACAAGAUUAAAGAGCUCCAACAUCUUGUCGAGUCCUUAAAGAACCAGCUGCAGGCUGAAAGGCUGAGGGCUGACACCCUCCAGAGAGAACAGGAGGACUUUAGGCGGGAGGUUCAACAGAAAGCCAGCAGAGACCUGAAGCAGGUUCAGAAUCUGGAGGAGGAGAAACGUUCCCUGAAGCAGGAGGUGAAGGCCCUGCGAAUGAAAAAUGAGAGCAGGAUUCAAGAGCUUGAGGAGCUUAUUCCAUCUCAGGUCACCCAGCUACAAGAUCAGGUGAAGGUCAGUCAGGCUCUUCGGGAGGAGGUGAAGGACCUGCAAGAAGAGGUCUCAAGCAGAGCAUCGCAGGGUACCAACAGGAUUAAAGAGCUUCAAGAUCUUAUUGAGUCCUCAAACGACCAGCUGCAGGCUGAAAGGCUGGAAGUGAAGUCUAGACUCGUUGAGAUGGAGAACGUGUCUUUGUGGAGGAGGUUUAAAAAGGCCAUCACUCCUGACAGUCGCCGCCAAUACAAACAUCUGAGAAUGCAGUGGCAGACCCGCAGACCAUCUAUUCCCUGAAUCCCCCACAACGUAACCAGACUGUAAGGAGCCAUCAGGCAGACACAGAGUAACAUGUUCCUCUGUGUCUGCACGGGUUUACUCCGGGUUCUCCGGUUUCUUCCCAUCAUAAUCAACUUUGAAAAAAAACCCUUUAGAAUAGUAAAAAAUGCAUCAAGUCUAAAAAAUAUCAAUAAAAAAAAAAACAACUUUAA